AUGGCUGCCGUUUCCCCUGCUGCCGCUAGGGCCGAGCCAGGCCAAUGGAAGAAGAACCUUUCGGCCCACGUCAUUUGCCCCGAGUGCAAAGAAGUGCCCCCUAAUCUGGAGUUUCCUGGUUCCCAUGAAACUGUUUGCGGCUCAUGUGGCUUGGUCCUCGCUGAUCGGGAAAUCGACAUGCACUCUGAAUGGCGUACAUUCUCCAACGACGAUCAGAACAACGACGACCCUUCUCGUGUUGGAGAUGCUAUGAACCCGCUUCUCAACGGUGAUCAGCUGGAGACCCAGAUUGCUAGUGGUGGGUCGGGCCGCGUUCGCGACCUUUACCGGGCUCAGAACAAGCAGUCAAGUGAAAAGGCAAACAAAGCUCUUCUGGCAGCCUACAAGGAGAUCGGUGCUCUCUGUGAUGGUUUCAACAUCCAGAAGAACGUGGCAGACACAGCGAAAUACCUCUUUAAGAUUGUGGACGAUGCCAAGGCAUUCAAGGGAAAGUCUCAGGAUGUGAUCAUUGCAGGCUGUAUUUUUAUCGCCUGUCGCCAGUGCAAGGUGCCACGUACCUUCACUGAGAUCUUCGCGGUGACCAAGGUUACGAGGAAAGAAAUUGGUCGUAUUUACAAGGCUUUGGAGAAGUUCUUCACUGCGCAGAACCUCGAGCGGAUCAAUGCUGUGGUCUCCAGCGGAGGUGUCCCUGACCCCAACGACACAUACACCGCUACGACUUCCACCAAGCCUAGUGAUCUUUGCAACCGUUUCUGUAACCUGUUGGAUCUGCCCUUCCAGGUUACCAGCGUCUCCUCUGCUCUAUCCGAUCGCGUGACAACGAUGGGAGAUUUGGCUGGACGUUCUCCCCUGUCCAUUGUGGCAGCCUGCAUCUACAUGGCUUCGUACCUGAUGGGACAUGGCAAGAGCGCCAAGGAGAUAUCCCAGGUGGCCCAUGUCAGCGAUGGUACGAUCCGCGGUGCUUACAAGCAGCUAUAUGCUGAAAGAGAGCGCCUAAUCGAUCCCGAGUGGAUCAAAGAUGGAAAGGGUGACUUGAAGAACCUGCCUAAUAGUUGA